GGAGCAGCACGAGGAAUGGCUCAUCCUCUGCUCCACGCAGGAUGAAGUAAUCGGGCAGGAGAUGGAGGCUACGAACCAGACGGGAGGCUGCACGGCCCUGGCAGCCCUUUAUUUCCAGGGAAAGCUCUACGUGGCGAAUGCUGGGGACAGCAGGGCAAUUCUUGUCCUGAAGGACGACGUUGUGCCCAUGAGCUGCGAGUUCACACCCGAGACGGAGAGGCAGCGGCUCCAGCACUUGGCCUUUCUCUUCCCCAAGCUCCUGGACGGCGAGUUCACACGCUUUGAGUUUCCACGGCGGUUGAAGGGGGACGACGUGGGCCAGAAAGUCCUGUACCGGGAUUACUUCAUGGAGGGCUGGGGCUACAAGACAGUGGAGAAGGCCGACCUCAAGUACCCUCUUGUCCACGGCCACGGRAAGCAGGCUCGCUUGCUGGGGACUCUGGCCGUCUCUCGAGGGCUGGGGGAUCAUCAGCUCAAAGUCAUCGACACCAACAUUGAAGUGAAACCUUUCCUCUCGUGCAUUCCUAAGGUGAAGGUGUUUGACUUGGCUCUGCAUGACAUAAAGGAAGACGACGUCCUCAUCAUGGCAACCGACGGCCUUUGGGAUGUUCUGGGCAACGAAGAGGUGACCCACAUGGCCAGGAGCUUCCUUGCAGAGAACAGGACAGACCCCCACAGGUUUUCACAACUUGCCAAGUGCUUGGUAUGCAGAGCAAGAGGGAAGAAAAGAGGCCACCAGUGGAUGCUGGAUGACAGCCACGAAGCCUCCUACGAUGACAUCUCCGUGUUUGUCAUCCCCCUGCACAACAGGGAUGAGAGGUGCUAGCAUGGCCCACGGGGCCCCCCUACUGYGGGGCUGCAUCAAAGCACCGCUGAGGGACCGCUGGGGUGCAGCUUGCAGUGAAACCAGUCGGUUCCAGUAAAGCCCCMCCACGUGGAACCUGACAAACCUCAUACAAGAGGAUCGAGAAGAUUCUCUUUAUGAACAUGCAAGGAAGGAACAGUGGGCAGCAAGUCAUUCCUCUUGCUCCGUCCUCUCUGUUGUGCUAAUGAGAGGCUCCAAGGCAGCCACAGAAGCUCGAGAGCCCUAUUUCCAACAUUUUCCUGGUGCACUUGGUCUCCAGUCCACAUUGGAUUGACCUUUUCAGUUUGCACAAGAGCUCCUGCCAGGCUGCAGAAUUGCUGCAUGUGAAUGGCAGCUGAGCUUAGUCCUGCAGAACUGGAUGCUCAGCCUGCAGAGGCCAGAAGGGGCUGUUAGUGCUAGGACUAGGGCAGCGUUACCAAUGGCCAGGCAGCCCCAAGGCUGAAGCAGUUGCCCUGGGCUCUUCCCAGGGAGAARAGUGCUUCUCAGAGGCAGCACCACUUCAAAACAAGCUGCUGUUAUCAGAUGAAGCCGAUCAUGCCUUAACUACUUAAGAACAUUUUAAGUAUAUGGCUAACGAUGCACUUCUAACAAAGGUGUGGAAGUCCAUGACCCUCAACAGUUCUCUGUUCCUUCAGGUAAUUUGCCAUUCACAGGGAGGCUCCUGUUGUAGCACUAGCA